CAUUGUAGUGUUGCCAGUUCCUCCAGCUCCUCCUCCACCGAGCGAUUGAUCCUCGUGGCAAUCAGCGAUCUUUUCAGGUAAUCCCGGGUACAGGACCGGCUAUCUGUUCUUUUUGUGAUUCAAUUGAAUAUUCUCAUUUGCCAUUCUUCCUCCUCCCUUCGUGACACCUCUUUGCUCCUUGUGACGUGUGAGCCGUUGUUUAUCCUUUCUUCCACCGAUCGACUCUUGGACAUGGCAGCUCGACGAACAAUUCUGAAGGCCGUGCCCUUCAACUCUGGCAGAGUAUCCCUCUCUAGACCUGCAAUACUGUCAGCGCGAACACCGCCCAGCUGUUCACUGUCGAAGCUGAGAAGCAGUCCAGUGAGAGCGCUGCAUGCUAGUGCGCGGUAUCUGCAGCCAGCAACCACCUCUGCGGCGAGCACUCCAGAGCAAUACCCUACGAGUCACGAGCAGGUGCAGACUGUCAUUGACACGCAUAACUUUCUGGACAAUAAGUUUGUGCCAUCCAAAGCCACGACAUGGAUCGACCUCCACGACCCCGCCACCAACAAUCUAGUGACGCGAGUCCCGCAGAGCACCGAUGAGGAGCUCAAGGCGGCGGUUGAAUCCGCCGAGAAAGCGUUCCCGGAAUGGAAGUCCAAGAGCCUGCUGCAUCGGCAGCAAAUCAUGUUCAAAUUCGUGUCCUUGAUCCGGGAGCACUGGGAUCGGCUUGCCGCCAGCAUUGUGAUGGAGCAGGGCAAGACAUUUGCGGACGCUCGUGGUGAUGUGCUUCGUGGACUUCAGGUCGCGGAAACUGCAUGCGGCAUCACUACGCAGAUGCUGGGCGAGGUGCUCGAGGUGUCCAAGGAUAUGGAGACUCGAACCUACCGCGAGCCACUUGGUAUUGUGGCAGGCAUUUGCCCGUUCAACUUUCCGGCUAUGAUUCCGCUGUGGUGCCUCCCCAUUGCCACCAUUACCGGUAAUUGCAUCAUCAUCAAGCCCUCAGAAAGAGAUCCUGGCGCGGCAAUGAUUCUUGCGGAGCUCGCGGAAAAGGCAGGCUUUCCACCAGGUGUGGUCAACAUUGUGCACGGUGCGGCCAGAACGGUCGACUUUAUCAUUGAUGAGCCCGCCAUCAAGGCAAUCAGCUUCGUCGGUAGCAAUCGCGCAGGAGAAUAUAUCUAUACUCGUGGGUCCGCCAAUGGCAAGCGUGUCCAGGCCAACCUGGGCGCGAAAAACCAUGCCGCUGUCCUUCCGGACUGCAACAAGAACCACGCGCUCAAUGCUAUUGUGGGCGCUGCCUUUGGCGCCGCGGGACAGAGAUGUAUGGCUCUCAGCACCCUAGUCAUGGUCGGCGAGACCAAAGACUGGGUCGCCGAGAUUGCAGAGCGCGCCAAGGGUCUGAGUGUUAAUGGCGGAUUCGAAGAGGGUGCAGAACUGGGACCGGUCAUUAGCCCUCAGAGCAAGCAGCGCAUUGAGGAGCUUAUCAAGAGCGCAGAGGACGAGGGAGCAACCAUCUUGCUCGAUGGUCGUGGCUACAAGCCUCCCAAGUAUCCCAACGGAAACUGGGUCGGCCCCACCGUCAUCACCAACGUCACGGCAGACAUGAAAUGCUACACAGAGGAAAUCUUUGGCCCUGUCCUCGUGUGCCUCAAUGUAGACACCCUUGACGAAGCCAUUGAACUGAUCAACAAGAACCCGUACGGCAACGGCACGGCGAUUUUCACCAACAGCGGCUCCACCGCUACCAAGUUCCAGCACCAAGUUGAAGCUGGCCAAGUCGGAGUCAACGUGCCCAUUCCCGUUCCUCUGCCCAUGUUCUCCUUCACCGGCAACAAGAAGAGUAUCGCCGGUGGAGGCGCGAGCAAUUUCUACGGCAAGCCCGGAUUGAACUUUUACACUCAGCUCAAGACUGUCACGAGCUUGUGGAGAGCCGAGGACGCCCUUGCCACCAAAGCCAGCGUCGUCAUGCCCACGCAUGAUUAAGUGUUGAUACUAUCAACUUGAAUACUCCUUUGGGGGAUUUUGGCACAAUUAACAAGUCUGAAAUAUUUCGUUAUAUAGUACCCCGCAUCCUGUAGGGCGCAGGCGUUUCCUAGGAUUAAAAUUGAUAUUAAUGAGCAAGCCCAACAUGUUUGACUAUUUUAAUUCCAUUGACUAUCUGUUCGUUAAAUCACAGUUUUAUUUAGUUGAAAUAUUUUUUCCUGUGUAAAAGGACACCGAA